AUGUCGAGCUCGGCCGAGAUUGAUUUGGAGGCCUUUUCUGUCAAAAAAGCGAUCCGAUGUGACAAAACAUCCCCUUGCUCGUGCUGUGUCACGGCUGGCUAUGCCUGUACCGUCGGCACGGUCCGCCAUCGAGAGGCGAGGUCGCGGAUCUUCGUCACCAGUGAAUAUGAGAAAAAGAUGGACGUUAUUGACGAUAGGCUGAAGAAUAUUGAAGAUGCCAUCGUCAAUCUAUCUGCCGCCUCAUCCGCCCCAGGAUCGGCAGAGCCCAGUUCAGAUAUAGACGUCCUCAGCACAACGUGGAGCGACCCGGCCAGUGGCGAUGACCUACGUCCCAACGGCGAUUACACGCUUCGGAUGCAGACUCUACAGGCCAGCGAUUUUCUCGAGCAUGCAGUGGCGCAAGGUCGGGUACGAGAGCGUAACCCGAAUGUGCAUUCCGCCCUGACCAAGUUAAGAGAGCUCGUGCAAGGACAACGACGAUGGUCGACGAGUCUCGACCAGCGGUUCCCCAUGCAACGUCCAGUCCCAGAUGGAGGUUUACAACACCUACCCUUGCCUCCGUAUACUGUUGCCAUGACUCUGCUCAAGGAAGCUCAAACUGGAGGUCCCACCAUGUUUGUCUACAACUCUGCCCUCGUCGGCAUUACAGACCUAUCGCAACUUGCCGGUGCUACCUACAGCAGCCCUCACACUUCCACCCAUGCCCAGUUGACAGUCGUGAAUGCCAGCCUGUUCGCUCUCUUUUCCGAACAGGGGUCAAAUACAGCCAAUCUGAGGCUCAAAGAAGAAUACCGGUCUUACGCCCAACUCUGUCAAGCGAAUCUGGACACCCUCAUCAAGCACAUCCCGCUGUUUCAGCCAGCAAAAGUCAUCAACAUACAGGCCCUCCUACUGGCUGUCUCCUACGCGGUGGACAUGUGUUGGCCUGCCGUCGCCUGGCAGCUGAAUGCACAGGCCGUCCAGCUCUGUCAGGACGGAGGCUUCCACCGGAUAGAGUGUAUGGACAACGACGCGGAAAUGACACGGAUCAAGUCGAAUUUGUUCUGGCAGGCCUUCGUGUUCGACAAAGCCCUCAGCCUGAGGCUUGGGCGCGCGUCUGUUGUUGCGGACUGGGAUAUCACCAUCCCGAAGAAGCUCGAUUUGGCGGCGUGGGACCAACUUAAUAAGGCGGACGUGCCCAAGACUUGGCUCUUGACAAGUCCACUUCGGUCGCGCACCUAUGAGCAACUAUAUAGCAAGGAGGCAAUGUCAGCAUCACCGAUGGAGCUGCUUUCACGAGCCAGAGAACUUGGAAACGAAUGCAUGGCUAUUGAAAAGGAGAUAUUGAAGCUGGAUGGGGAUUCUUCAUCACGGUUCAAAUCCGCUUCAGAUCCGUCAGACCUCAUCAAUAUGUUUGUUGUGAGCAGCAAAGUACAGUUUUAUGUCAUGUCGACAUUCGUGCAUCGGAUCAUUCCAGCACCCGAAGGCUCUGGCAGUCAAUUUUCCAAUGAAUGCCUUGAGUCGUCGCGGAAUGCGAUCAAAUGCCACCUCAACGGCCUUGGAACUCUUGGCGAUAGUGCAUAUCUAAAGCAGACGUAUGUUAGCUGGACAAUGAUGCUGACCCCUUUUGCCCCCUUCUUCAUCCUUUUCUGCCAUGUUAUUGAAAGGGUGGAUAUCGAGGAUCUCAACCUUCUCAAGGUAUUUGCGGAGUCAUUAGACAAGCUGAAGGAAGCAUCAGAUACAGCACAGAAGCUCUUUAGCCUGUGCAAAACCAUGUGCGAUGUUGCAUGUGCGUACCACGAGGACAUUUGGCAGGGUGAUCAGGAUGGAGCACUCAAUCACGAGUAUGACGAGUUUAUGGGACAGAUGGGCUUGGGAGCGCCCGGCGCGGUACUUCCUCUAAUCAACAUGUCUUCGACCACCGCUACCGCAGCCCGCCCUUCUACCUCGGCAGCAUGCUCAAAUCUCUAUGAUACACCCGUCAAAGAUGCCGUCUGCGCAAUGCCAUUCAGCAACGACAAUGCCAACCUCCUCAAGGCUUGCUGCAAGAGUGCCCCCGUCGUGAGCUACUACGACGACUGCGGACUGUACUGCCUUGCCUCCGGACAGAGCACCCAGGACCUCAUCGACUGCCUCUACGGAAAGGAGGCCGCCUGGGGCGAUGUUUUCUGCAAAGGAGACGGAAAUGCGACGGCAACCGCCACAAACCUUAGCGAGCUUCCAGCCAGCGUCACGGCCACCAUCAUUGGCACUGGCUCGCUCUCUGCCACGGGCACGCGUACCUCCAGCUCCAGCUCCUCCACGUCCACUAGCGAUAAGAAUUCGAAGGAUGAUGAUAAGAACAAUGCUUCCCCGAAGCACGGCGUGAGUGCAGGUGGUAUUCUGGUUGCAUCCUUGGUCUUCGGGACUGCACUCUUGGGGAUGGUGCAGGUUUAA